AACCUCACAGCUCCCUUAUCAUUGUAUUUCCCCAUCCCUUUCUUGAAGUGAAGACGUCGGCGUGAGCUUCAUUUAGAAUAACAGACGGAUAGACAGGCAUCAUGUCGUCGACGUCUCUGGAGCCUCCGACUUAUUUGAGCUCCUUGCAGAACAACAUUCGAGCUCGCCCAAUCCCGUGGGAGGGAGCUGUCCGAGCUGGCAACAUCACCGACGACCAUCUUAAGAAGAUCAAGGCCGUGGACAAGGUCCGCAAAGAGCAACGCCGCCAAACCGUUGAAGGCGAUCUUCAGGGCUAUGUUGGACUGCUUGCUGGCAAUGCCGAUAGCAAGAGUGUCUUGGAUUCGGCUUCCAAGAGGACCGAUAUCGUGCAGUACAUUCUAGUGCUGGCGGCGGACUUGAUUAACGAUGUCCCCUCGCUUUCUUCCGCAUUGAUUGCGCAUCCUAGUCCAUACAAGCCCUUCCUCCCGCUCCUGCGUCAUUCCACCAACGCCGAAGAUCCUAUUCCGCUGCUCACCUCCACAUUUUUGACUAGUCUUGUCUCUCACAGCCUUGCUGCUUCAACCAAGGCAGCCGUUCGCGAUGAAGAGGCGCUUCCUCAGUUAUACACCUAUCUUUCCACCCUGACUCAGAACCCAGACAGCGGGCUGCAGGAUAUCGGAGUUCAGGGGCUGUCCGCGUUGUUACGGAAUUCAAGGUCACGGGAAAUGUUCUGGAAUCAGAGGAAAGAAACCAUCGAUCCCUUGAUCGAGAUUCUUCGUGCUGCUGCGGGAACAAAAGACAGUAGUAGUGCGAGCACUCUAGCGGGCAGUUCGAGAGCCAUUGAGCCCGGCCUCUCUGGUGGUGUCGGCCUGCAGCUCUUGUACCGCGUUCUCUUGGUACUCUGGCAACUGAGCUUCGAAGGGAGUCUUGUUGGAGAAGGCCUACAGUCGGAUUAUGAGUUCGUCCAAAUAUAUACCCAACUUCUGCGUCUAUCCCCGAAAGAGAAGACGACUCGUCUGCUUCUCGCAACUCUGAACAACCUCCUUUCCAGCAACCGCACGACUUUACUUCCAGUUGCUGUAUUUGUCCGCCUUCCUGCUCUGCUAUCCAACCUCUCUGGCCGCCAUUUGACCGACCCAGACCUGCUGGAAGAUUUGAACGCAUUGUCUGAGAUGCUAGAUGAAUACACCAAGACCCAAACGACAUUUGAUCAGUACGCCGCCGAGUUACAGUCAGGCCACCUUCGCUGGUCGCCGCCGCAUCGCAACCCGACAUUCUGGGCCGAAAAUGCCCGUCGAAUUCUGGAUGAAGGGAACGGCGCGCUGCCCAAAAAGCUUGCCGAGAUUCUGUCCAAGAGCUGGGAUAACGACAAGCAGGUCCUUGCAAUUGGAUGCAACGAUGUCGGUCAGCUGGUGAAAGAAAUGCCGGAGAGACGUGGUCAGCUGGAGAAGCUCGGACUUAAGACUCGGGUUAUGGAGCUAAUGGCUGACAAGGACGAGUCUGUGCGGUGGGAGAGCCUGCGAGCCGUCGGAGAAUGGCUCCGUUACACUUUCGAGGGCUGAUCGUGUAUUGGAUAUGGUUUCAUACUACAAAGGAUUCCCGACGUUUGAGGUUCGACUUGCCGGCGAUGGAGGUAUAGUACCGAUGACAUCUAUUUUCUUGUCUCUUCGUUUCUGAGAUGAACAUACCUUUUCCAUUCUGGAUGCUUCCGCAGCGCACUUUCUCGUCUUCUGUUCAGCUGUUCAACUGUUCCACUACUCAACUGUUCAAUCGUUCAACUGCUCAAACAUCUUCCCUUUGUAGCAGUGCGGAUUGGUUUGAUAGAUAUAUCCUGUUUGCUCGCAUUAUCCAGGCUCCAAUAUUAUACAUAGGCUCAAAAGAAAGUGGUCUU